GCUUUAAGUAAACUUCCUGGAGGAGGGAAUUUCCCUCGGGAAGGCGGCUGGGUGAGGUCUCUUCUACUCUGGUGACAUCCUUGAGGACUCUGCCUUAAAAUUCCCAAGAACUGCUGGAUGAGGGAGCCAUGGGAGUCUCAAGGGACAGUGGGAUGAAGAAGAGCAGCAGGAAGCGAAAGAAGGAGUUGGAGAAAGAGCAGGAGGUGCCAAAGGAGCUCAGGACAAAGAUUGGGAAGAAGGAGCCGGAAUGUUCAGUGCAGUUCCCUGUAGGAAAAGGGGGAAAAGGGAAGAAGAAGAAACCACCAGAAGUUGAGGAGAAGCCACUGCAGGAGAAUGUCAUCAGCAGCUCCCUAAAGCAGGAGGAUGCAGGAGGGAAAGGUCUUGGCUUGAACCUGUGGAAUGGGAUCCAAGCCGAGGAAGGAGCUGCCCCGGGCUCGGAGGAGACCAAAGGAACCCUCCCCCAAGGACCAUCCGUGGAGCUCCAAGACUCUUCAGGGUCCCAGGACAAACCCCAGGAAGCAGGACCUGCGGUGGGACAGCAGCUCUUGGAGAGCCAGAAACGGAAUUGGGAUCCCAAAGCCAAGUGA